CGGCCGCUUGCCGUUGGACACCAGAGAAAGGGACGUGGAGCAGGUAUUUGAACGGUACGGUCGUCUUCUUCGGUGCGACGUCAAGUACGGCACAGGCAUGGCGUAUGCCUUUGUGGAUUACGAGGACCACCGAGACGCGGAGUGGACAGACCGCCCGACCGGCUCUGACACAGAGGGGGGCUCUGGCCUACCGACCGACGUGAGAGCCACGCCGACUGACCGAGCGCUACCGACACUGGGCAGCCGGCGGCGGCCAUGAUGAUGAUGAGAGAGAGUGUUGCCUUUGUGUGCGGACACGACUCGACUGCCCUUCCUCCUCGCGCGCUUGCCUACCUCGUGACGUUCACAUGACGAGAGCCGCACCCAUUGCUUGCAAAGAAAAAGAGAGAAAUGAGCGAUUAAGCAGCCGCCGUGUGCGUGUGUAUGGUGCCAAAUCCGUCCCCUCGGCAACCGGCAGCGACUGGCGUCCCUUCGGCCCCUCCCCAGGCGAGUGGCGCUGACCGAAAGGGCGCGCUGGGCCCACCGCAGGACGCAGUCAAGUACGAGAACGGCCGGGAGAUCCGGGGCCAGAGCGUGGUGGUGGAGUGGGCCCGUGGGCCCUCCUUCCGGCCAUCAGCUGGCAAGCAAACUAGGCAGACACCAGACAGACCUCGGGACCGUAUGGGCUAUCAGAGCUUUGAUGAGUGCUACCGCUGCCGUCGGACUGGCCACUGGGCCCGCGACUGCCCAGAGCUGGACCACGAGAGAGCCCGCUACUACGGAGGAGGAGGCGGAGGAGGAGGACGCAGAAGCCGCAGCCGUAGUCGCAGCCGCAGCAGGAGUCGGAGUGGGCACAGGUCAUAUCGUGCCCGCGGUCGCCGCUCCCGAUCAAGGUCAUCAAGCCGCCGCCGCAGCUGGACUCGCACACCUUCGCCACGUGACAGCCGGCACCGCUCUCGUCGGGAUGUCUCGGAAAAUGGUGGCCGCCGCAGUCCUAGCCCUGCCCGUCGAGGCAGCCGGAGCCAGUCGCGCUGAUGUCUCUCUUCUGCGUGCAGUCGUCAUUGUCUUGUGUCUGCAGCAACAGUUCGAGUCUGGCUGUUGCGGCAAUAAAGUGUGUUGUGUUUGUUUGUGAAA